GUUGAUGCUGGUACUGGACUGGGACUGGACUGGAACUGGCACACGACUUGGGCUCGGUCUUUCGUCCUUUGGCCGUAGCGUGAAUUCCCACUUGCAAAAUAUAACUGUCCGUUGCGACCGCGCUGGUGGGCUGUAACAAUUCCUCGACUUCGUUCCAACCCACCUAGGGAAUUGUCCUCGUGUCAAUCUUCAACAAUGGCCGACUCAGUGACGCGUGAGCAGCAUAACAGCUCUCCAAUGCCCGGUGUCGCUCGCAACCCGGACCCUGCCUUGGAUAUCUCCAAGGAGCACCACCACGAGCAUCUGCACCACGGUCCCGGUGCCGAGAAGGGUCAUAUUCACGAUCAUGACCAUGUGGCAUACACUGUCGGCACCACACACAACGAGCCACCAGUGAUCCCUCCUGCGGAUCCAAAUGACGGCUCGCUCCACCGUCGCCAUCAACCCGUCCACGACAUCGAGAAGACGGGCGGCCUCGAGUAUGAAGAGAAGUCCAGCUUCAACAAGACCAACUCUCCGUCCGAGGGAGAAGAGUCGGACCCCAAAAGCCACCGCUUCCGUAGAUACUACAUGAAGUUCAGGCUGCCUAUCCACCUCUUGAUCGCAGCUUUGUUCACCGGUUGGUGGAUUGCCAGUCUCGUGCUGCACCGUCACAACAAGAACUGGGUCAUUCCAUUCUUGUUCUGGCUAUGCAUAAUGCUCCGAAUUAUCUUCCUCCACGUCCCCAUCACCAUUGUCACCAAGCCAAUGCACUUUGUGUGGAACAACACUGGAGUCAGGGUCGUGAGCAUGAUUCCAGAAAAGAUGCGCAUCCCGUUGGGUGCCGCCGUCGCCAUUGCUACCAUCAUCGUCGGCUCCUUUGCUAGCGAGGAAAGCCGUGACAACACUCGUGUGAACCGUGUCGUCAGUUUGUCGGGUUUACUUAUCCUGUUGGCUGGCUUUUACGCCUCCUCAAGGAACCGCAAGAUGAUCAACUGGCACACUGUGAUCAUGGGCAUGUUGAUGCAAUUCAUCAUUGCUCUCUUCGUCUUGAGGACCAAGGCUGGUUACGAUAUCUUCGAGUUCAUUUCCACCCUUGCCCGCAGCUUGCUCGGAUUCGCCAACGAGGGUGUGAUUUUCUUGACCGAUGAUAAGGUUCCCCAGCUACCCUGGUUCUUCACCGGUGUCAUUCCCGCCAUCAUUUUCUUCGUCGCAUUCGUGCAGCUCUUGUACUACUGGGGACUCCUCCAGUGGUUCAUUGGUAAAUUUGCCGUCUUCUUCUUCUGGGCUAUGCGCGUUUCCGGUGCCGAGGCUGUUGUCGCUUCUGCCUCUCCAUUCAUUGGACAGGGAGAAUCUGCUAUGUUGAUCAGGCCUUUUGUCGCACAUUUGACCAAAGCCGAACUUCAUCAAGUCAUGACUUCCGGUUUCGCUACCAUCGCUGGUAGUGUUUUGGUCGCUUAUAUUCACAUGGGAGUUAACGCUCAGGCCCUUAUCUCGUCUUGUGUCAUGAGUAUCCCGGCCUCUCUCGCUAUCAGUAAAUUGCGCUACCCUGAGGAGGAAGAAUCACUCACCGCCGGUCGCGUCGUUAUCCCAGACGAUGAUGAGCACAAGGCUGCAAACGGUCUCCAUGCUUUUGCCAACGGCGCUUGGCUUGGAUUGAAGAUCGCUGGUAUGAUUGUAACCACCCUCCUCUGUAUCAUUGCGCUUCUCGGUCUUGUCGACGGUCUGUUGACCUGGUGGGGACGCUACAUCAACUUGGACGGUGACUACGACCUCACUCUCGAGCUCAUUGUCGGAUACGUCUGCUACCCAAUCGCCGCCUUGCUCGGUGUUUCUCGCGAAGGCAACGAUCUCCUCUUGGUUGGUCGUUUGAUCGGUAUGAAGGUGAUGAUCAACGAGUUCUACGCCUACAACAACCUUCAGAGCACAAAGGAGGAUUCUCCUUACAAGGAUCUUUCUCCUCGCUCCCGUUUGAUCGCAACCUACGCUCUUUGCGGUUUCGGAAACAUCGGCAGUCUUGGAACCCAGAUCGGUGUGCUCAGCCAAAUCAGCCCUGGCCGUAGCGGUGACGUUUCUCGUCUUGCCAUCAGUGCUUUGGUCUCUGGUGUUUUCUCCACUCUGUCCAGUGCUGCUAUCGCCGGUCUCCUUGUCACUGACCAGGCUGCUUUCUUGAACCCCAACCCUUCAUAGGCGUCGAGCUCAAGCUCUCAUCUGCUGAGGAGAACACUCCCGAUAUGUCAGCAAUGAUUUCCAAAACCCUAUCCGCUUUAUAGUCUAAACAUACCCCAAUAAUGAAAUAGGAUCUGACAUGAUCCUACAUAUUUUCCGGCAGCUUAUGCCGAA